AUGCUCUCCCUCUCACAAAGACGGGCAAGCAUGCCUCGCUCAUCAUCACCACUCAACCCGCAUCGCUCGUCAUCCCCGCCCAUGUCGAGCCCAACACCUGCGCCUCACCCUUCCCUGCCCCUGCACUUCUCCUCGCCGACUAGGCCAUCAUCCUCCACACCGUCGCGCUCGCACUCGGCCCCGCGCCCAUUAUCGGCAAGAUACACGCGUCCGACGGCGCCGCGCCGCACGUCAGGCUCAGGAUCCCUCUCCUCGCCUGAUCUCUUUGGCGGCGAGCCUGGCACGACGCCGACAGAGACGGCCAUGUGGAAGGAAAAGCUCCAGCGCCGGAUACAGGACCGCGCGCGCCGCAAGAAGGCGCACGACGCCGACAUUGCCCGCCGGCGCGGUAACGAGAGCGACGAGUAUGUGGACGACGACGAGGCGGAGCGGCGAGCACAGGAGGAAGACGAGGAGAUCUUCCGCCGCCUCAUGGUCCUCCAGCGCAGGCGGGAGGAGCACGCCGCGCUCGUGUCACACGAAGUCGAGACGGGCGGUUCGGACCCCAACCUCCCCGACUUUUGGGAGGACGAGCUCGACGCCUUUGCGGCCGAAGAGCGGCGUCUCCUCCGCCACCUUGACGACGACGAGUACGAGUACACAAUACCCGAGGAGACGGAGGAGGAGCUCUGGGAGCUCGAGGCGAGCGCGGCUGAAGAGGCCGAACGCGAGGCUGAAGAGAUCGCCGUCGCCAUGCGCGUCGAGGAAGAGAUGCGCAUGAGAGCCGCCAAUCCCCAUGUCCACGUUACCGACUACGACCAGAUGUUCUCCGCGCCGGUCGACUUUGACAUGGACGACGCGAUGGACGUCGAGUAGAGAGCCACACGCCGCGACGACGGACUCCCCACCCUUGCGCAAUCAAGGCCUGCGCCAAACACCAGUUGUAUUGUACCAUGUCUCCCCUCAUUGCAUCAUCCC